GCCGCGGUGCAGACAAAGGGGAGAGGAGGGUGGAAAUGGCAAAGAAAUCGCAAGGGAAAGUGAAGCUCAGGGCAGCCAGGAAAUCGCCAAUCCCAGAAUCGCUCGCCACCUAGCCAAGCAAAGCUCCGCUUCCCAGCUGCUUGCCGCUGCUCCCUUCACCACCCAGUCAGGCAAACCAGCAAGCUCCCCUCCACCCACCUGCUGCCGGCCGCCGCCGAGGCGAACCAUCCAAAAACCCAGGCACCAGGCAGGAAUCGCCGGCGGCGGGAGCAAGCAAAGCAUCCCUACCCCAGCAUCGGAUCCGCGUCCCGUCCAUGGCGGAUCAGGAGGCGGCGGAGGCGGCCUGGCCCCCCUGGACCUCCCUCCUGCUGCGCGCGCUGAGCCGGCGGCGGACCUGGGUGGCGCUCUUCCUGGCCGUGUACGCCGCGCUGCUCUGCUCGUCCUGGAGCCUGCUGGCCUCCGUCCGCGCCUGGUACUACCACUCGGCCUCCGCCUCCGCCUCCGGGCCGCCGCCCCCGGCGUGGCCCGCGGCGCUGUACGCGUCCGUGAUGUACGGCGCCGUGUUCGGGCUGCUGUCCAUGGGCGCCGCGCUGGCCGUGGCGGCUCCCGCCAUGCUGGUGACGUGGAUCACCGUGCUGGUGCUGCUGGCCUUCGCGGGGCGGCCCCGGCGGUCGCUCGUCGCGGAGGGCCGCCGCGCCACGCGGGACAUCGCGGGCCUCGCGCUCCGCGUGCUGCUGCGCGAGGGCAACGCCGUCGCCGCGCUCUGCGCCGCCGCCAGCUUCGCCGCGCUCCUCCUCGGCCGCCGCGACGACCACGACGACGGCUCCUGACCGCUGCCGGAUUCUCUUCUGGCGCGACCUCUUCCCACCCCAAUCUCUUCUCCCUCUUUUUCCCCUCUUCGCAUCUGUUCUUGGCGUCCGCUAAUUUGUUCGUUACAGACUUACAAUUACUAGGUAAAUAUUCACCUUUUUUUUAUCACACGGAGUUGUUUCUAGUUAGGGUUAGCUUUCGCUUUGCGCGUCGGCGUGGCAUCUUUGGUGGUUUGCCGAAUUGCCGAGCUGCACCAUGGGGACAGCUAGAAAGCAGAGUACCGUGCUGGCUGUAAUGGAAGCUGCUGGGCGUGCUGACAUUGGUGAAUCUUGAUGGAUGAAGGUGUCAGUUCGCCCACUUUGAUUUCCCUGUGAAA